AUGGCGCCCGUGCGCGAGGCCCACUUCCCCGUGCCAGUGCUCUCCGAUAACCCCGACGGCUGGGGUCCCACCACUCUCCCCGAGCAGUUUAAAGACGUCCCGUACGCGCCGUUCAAUAAGGGCGACCGCGUCGGCCGCGCGGCGGACUGGACCUCCCAAGGAUACCGUCGGUACGACCGCGAUCGUCAAGGCGGGGCGGGCGGGGUGAAUGCCGCCUUCUCCUUCUUCCAGGACCAGGAUGAGGACUCGUUUCAACUGGUGGACACCAAGCCCGUGCAGAAGCCUCGUUACGGCCCCCGCCGCUUCUUCCAGAAUCGGUUCCAGAACCGGCGCGGGGAGGAGGGGAAGCGCGACGGGCGCGACAGCGGCGCGGGCGCGGACAGGGAGCGGCAGCGGCAGCAGCGGAUGCAGCAGCAGAAGCGCGGGCAGUGGAACCCGUACUACGACCGCAACGCGCAGCGCGCCACGUACAACAGCUCCGUGGACAUCCGCCCCGAGUGGGUCGUGCUCGAGCAGAUCCCGCUCUCCGCUCUCUCGAAGCUGUCUUUCAACGCUGGAGAGCCGCAGGACGUUACGACGUGCGGCGCGCUGGAGUAUUACGACAAGAUGUUUGACCGCGUCAACCCCAAGUCGGAACGUCCACUAGAGAGGUGUGAGACGAGGCAGUUCCACAAGGUGACGACGAGCGACGACCCCGUGGUGAAGCGGCUGGCAGCGGAGGGCGGAGACGCGCCCGCAGUCUUUGCGACGGACGCCAUCCUCUCCACGCUCAUGUGCGCGCCUCGCUCCGUGUACUCGUGGGACGUGGUGGUGCACAAAAGCGGUGGCAAACUCUUCUUUGACCAGCGGGACUCCUCGUUCGAUUUGCUGACGGUGAACGAGACGGCAACGGGCAUAGAGCCGGCAGCAGAGGACAGCAUCAACGGCAUCGCGUCGCUCAGCCAGGAGGCCACGUUUAUCAACCAGAACUUCUCGCAGCAGAUCGUCAACAAGAAGGGAGCCAAGAGGCAGUUCGCGGAGGCGAAUCCGUUCGCGGCGGAGGGCGAGGAGGUGGCAUCUGUGGCGUACCGUUACCGCAAGUGGAUGCUGGACGGGGACAUGCCAUUGGUGGUGCGCUGCGAGCUAGAUGCGGUGGUGGACAUGAGGGGGCAGGAGAUGCUCGCCACAGUGAACGCGCUCAACGAGUUUGACCCCAAAGUCACGGGCGUCGACUGGCGUGCCAAGAUCGACAACCAGCGCGGCGCGGUGCUGGCAACGGAGCUGAAGAACAACAGCAACAAGCUCGCCAAGUGGACGGCACAAGCGCUGCUCGCAGGGGCCGAUCUGAUGAAGCUGGGGUACGUGUCGCGAGUGUUCCCCAAGAACAACCUCAAGCACACCAUCCUCGCAGUGCAGGCGUACAAACCGCGCGAGCUGGCGAUGCAGAUCACGCUCUCGUCCACCAACAUGUGGGGCAUCGUCAAGCACAUAGUGGACAUGUGCAUGAAGCUCGGGGAUGGCAAGUAUCUCAUCGUAAAGGACCCCAACAAGCCCUUCCUCAGGCUGUACGAGGUGCCAUCAGACGCAUUUGACAACGACUAUGUGGAGGAGCCCCUUGCCGAGGAGGAUCAGGCCCCUCCUCCCCCAGACGCAGCUGAUGGUGACGCAGAGGCAGCAGCAGCAACUGAUUCCACAGCUGCUGCGUGA